GUUCCUGCUGCAGCGGUGAGAGGCAGGCCGGGCUGAGUCUCCACGGUUCUCACGGUGUGUUUAAGUUCCUCCCUUCGCUGGGAGUUUUCUCCAUCAGUCGUCUGUGACUCGUCGAGAGAAGCGAACGGAAAACACAAUGGCAGAAGUUGCUCCCGCUGCACCCGCCGCCCCUGCGGCCGCUCCGGCCAAAGCCCCGAAGAAGAAGGCGGCCAAGCCGGCCAAGAAGUCCGGUCCCGGCGCCAGCGAGCUCGUCCUGAAAGCGGUGUCCGCCUCCAAGGACCGUAAAGGCCUUUCUUACGUGGCGCUGAAGAAGGCGCUGGCCGCCGAAGGCUACGACGUGGACCACAACGCCGUCCACAUCAAGCGCGCCGUCAAGAGUCUGGUGGUGAAAGGAGCCCUGGUGCAGACCAAGGGGACCGGCGCGUCCGGAUCCUUCAAGGCGAGCAAGGGCGCCGAAAAGCCCAAGAAGGAAGUGAAGAAGGCCGCCGUCAAAGCCAAGAAGCCGGCAGCCAAGAAGCCCGCCGCCGCCGCCAAGAAGCCCGCCGCAGCCGCCAAGAAGCCCAAAGCGGCCAAGUCCACCCCGAAGAAGGCGAAGAAACCCGCCGCAGCCAAGAAACAGUCCGUCAAGAAGGUCACCAAGAGCCCCAAGAAGAAGAAGGUGGCGGCGGUGAAGAAGGCAGCUGCACCCAAAAAGCCAGCGACUCCCAAGAAAGCUGCACCCAAGAAGGCGGUUAAACCCAAAGCUGCCAAACCCAAGAAGGCCACAGCAGCAAAGAAAACAGCCAAGAAGUAAAAACACCUCCUCUCCAUCACCAACGGCUCUUUUAAGAGCCACACAAAUACUCCAAAGGCAGAUUUCCUCUGGCUUUUUCUGUUUUCAGCAGGUCAUCAUGUGUGAAAUGACGGGAAGACACAAUAUUUGGCCCACUGUCAAACAUCAACUCCCCUCUUACACGUAAUAUUUAUUCACACUAAAUCCAUGUUCACAAAGCGCUUUAACUGGGGAAGAAAUAAAACCAACUGUACAAACGGCUGAAAGGGGGAAAUUGUGCACCUGCAGUCAGGAAAGUGUCUCCCAGCUGUGCAGAGAUCUUUCCUGUCUUUGUGUACGCUGAUAUUUUGAGACUAAACCAUGUGUCUGUUUGUACAUAAUGACUGUUCAGCUUGUUCCCUGCGGUAAUAUUCACUCAUUCAUUUGUAAAUAUUUAUCACAAGCAAUCGAAUCAUCUGCAUACAUUUU